AACCAUGGGAGCACCAAGAACCAGCAUGCAUCUAAGCUACUCCUCUCCUCCCUCUAUCUGAUCAGUAGCAGCACUGGUCCUCUUUACCCUGGUAUCGUUUGUGCAUACCGUGUAUCAUGGUGAAUCCGUUUUUGAUACUACACCUUACAUUCCUUUUGAUAUGUUCCCUUUUAGAUGAAAGAGUAGCAGAGAUUGCUCAUGCCACUUACCUUCAUAAGGGAUCUUCCCUCUCCGUGAAGCAACCCUCAGAUGUCAUAAGAUCACCGGAUGGCUCCUUCUCAUUUGGCUUAUACAAUCUCUCAUCCACUGCCUUCACCUUGUCAAUCUGGUUCACCAAUGCAGCUGACAGGACCAUCGCCUGGACUGCGAACCGAGACCGCCCAGUGCAUGGGAGUGGAUCAAAGGUUACACUGAAGGAUGGCAGCAUGGUUCUCAAAGACUAUGAUGGUACGGUUGUGUGGGAAGUCAGAAUAAGAUCUGCCAAGGUUGAUCGUGUGGAGCUCAUGGACACCGGGAACCUUGUGAUGGUGGAUCAAGGAGGCAACAUCCUGUGGCAAAGCUUCAACCAUCCGACCAACACUCUGCUACCAGGUCAGCCACUAACGGCCACGACAAAGCUGGUAUCAACCAAUCCCUUACACCAGUCAAGUUAUUACACAUUGGGCUUUGAUGAACGGUACAUUUUGUCACUUUCUUAUGAUGGGCUAGACAUUUCCAACCUCUACUGGCCUAACCCAGACCAAAAUAGCUGGUCGAACAAAAGGAUCUUGUAUAACAGCAGCAGGAGAGGUGUUCUUGAUAAGCUUGGGCAAUUUGAAGCUAGUGACAACACGAGCUUUGUUGCUUCUGAUUGGGGUUUGGAGAUUAAGAGGAGGCUGACACUAGACCAUGAUGGAAAUCUUAGGCUUUACAGCCUGAAUGAGCCAGAUGGAAGCUGGUACAUCUCUUGGAUGGCUUUCUCCCAGCUCUGUGACAUUCAUGGCCUAUGUGGUUGGAAUGGAAUAUGUGUUUACACACGAGCAGCGGCCUGCACUUGUCCUCGUGGUUAUGUAGUCGUUGAUCCAAAUGAUUGGAGCAAAGGCUGCAAGCCACAGUUCAAAAUCACCUGUGGAAAAGGUGUUCAGCAGAUGGGCUUCGUGAGCAUUCCUUGGACAGACUUCUGGGGCUCUGAUACGGACUUUGUCAUGUCUGCAUCCCUGGACACUUGCAGGGAAUUGUGCUUGGAGAGUUGCUCCUGUGUAGCAUUCGUGUACAAAUUUCAUCCACAUCCACAUGGGUGCUACUUAAAAUCUGGUCUCUUCAACGGCAAGACAACUCCAGGGUACCCUGGUGUUGCAUACAUCAAGGUUCCUGAGAGCUUUCAGUCUCACUCACAGGCAAAUGCCUCUGACUUUGCUCAUGGUCAUGUUUGCAAUGCAUCAAGAACACAUACAUUCCAUUAUGCUGCCAGCAGAGGUGAUGAAAAGGGUACGACAUGGUACUACUUCUAUUCGUUCCUAGCUGCAUUCUUUCUUGUUGAGCUCUGUUUCAUUGCUGUUGGUUGGUGGUUCAUGACAAGAAAACAGUCAGCACGCUUGGCAAUAUGGGCAGCGGAGGAUGAGGAAGGUUUCCGGGUGGUAGCAGAUCAUUUCCGUAGUUUCACCUACAAGGAAUUGCAGAAGGCUACUAACAAUUUCAUGGAUGAGCUUGGCCGUGGCCGACAUGGGACUGUGUACAAGGGCAUUCUGCAGGACAAUCGUGUAGUUGCUGUCAAGAGGCUCAUAGACAUGACGGGAGGCGAAGCAGAGUUUGAGACAGAGGUGAGCGUGAUUGGGAGGAUCUACCACAUGAAUCUGGUGAGAGUAAUGGGUGUAUGUUCAGAGGGUACCCACCGGCUGCUGGUCUAUGAAUUUGUGGAGAAUGGUUCACUGGCCAUGUUCUUGUUCGGUAGCAAGGGAUUACUACUGCAAUGGCCUCAGAGGUACAAGAUUGCAGUCGGAGUGGCUAAGGGAUUAGCCUACCUUCACCAUGAGUGUAUGGACUGGAUCAUCCACUGCGACGUGAAGCCUGAGAACAUACUUGUGGACGAGGAGUUUGAGCCCAAGAUCAGUGACUUUGGGUUCGCAAAGCUGCUGCAAAGAGAUGCAUCUGAUUCUGACAUGUCCAAGGUUCGAGGAACUAGAGGCUACAUGGCUCCAGAAUGGGUGUCAAGCGCUCCUGUGACUGCGAAGGUGGAUGUCUACAGCUUCGGAGUUGUGCUUCUGGAGCUGGUGAUGGGCCUUCGGGUGUUUGAAUUACCGACAAAUGGCUCUGGGGAUGCAGAGUCUGCAUUGAAGCAACUGCUAUCGACGAUUGGAGAAAACAUGAAAACUAGCGAUGGAAAUUGGAUCGAUGACCUUGUGGAUCCUAGAUUGAAUGGCGAUUUCGUGCGUUCAGAGGUGUUACUGAUGCUUGAGGUGGCUGCUCUGUGUUUGGAACAUGACAAAAACCAAAGACCGAGCAUGAGUAAUGUACUGCAGAAGUUCCUCUGCAGAUAAUGAAUCUGGCAAUGCUCUAAGUACACUAUCCUCUUAGUAUUUAACUAUUCUCUUCCACUUAAGUAAGUUGUGUAGUUUUGCAUUCCACUUUUUUUUCUUACAUGGGUGUAAAGUCGAUUGGUUUGGUGGAUGACUAAUUUGGUGUAACACCCCUUCAAAC